CCGAAGCGACCGGUCCGGCAAAUAUGCCUUGUGAAUGUGAGUCGAGACCUCGGAAAGACGCCACCUUUUCAAUUUCAGAAAAUUGGAAAAUAUUAGAAGUUGGAAUCAUGCAGUAAUAAGAAAGCGGAUUGCAGUAAGAAUAUGGUGAAAGUUCUGAUUGAAAUAUUGGCACGUUUGACGACCAGAGUUCAGUGCGAGGAAGCGUAGUUUGACCUAACUGCCAGAGGACAAUAUCAGCUGGUUUGUGUUCGUGUUGUGUUCCCCACAUACCAAUUUUCGUGUCAGUAGUAGAUCUCUGGGCUCUACUUUGUCUGCUCAACUCAAGAUGUCAAAAUGAUGAGGAUUGAGCAGGGAGAUGAUACAAAUGUGAUCAGAAUUUAACAAGAAGAUGAUACAAAUCUGGUCAGGAUCAAACAAGAAGAUGAUACAAAUCUGGUCAGGAUCAAACAAGAAGAUAAUACAAUUAUGGUCAGGAUUAAACAAGAAGAUGAUACGAUUAGGAUUGAGCAAGGAGAUACUAUACAUGUUAUCAGGAUCAAGCAAGAGGAGAAAGAGAAGGACACAAUCCGCAAUGCUUUAGCAGAUGAAGUAUGGAUGAAAGAGAAAGUAGAGGAGGUGAAAGGAAAAAAGUCUGUCAGUUCUGCUGGUAGAGGUCGGGGGUCUAUUGAUGAAGGAGAUUCGGCUACAGAAACACAAGAUUUGAAAGAAGAAGGUACGUCAAUCAACAGUGGUGAUGAGUUUCAUCUUGAAAUACAGUCUGGAGAAAAGUUAGAUCAGAGGAAUAUUCCUGUAUCAAGUAGAUCAAGAAGAGAAGAAGAUGAAUGUUUAAACUGUAAGAAAGAAUUUCCUUGUAAAUGUGAUGGUCAAAAUGUUGUGGAAGAAAGGCCACAUGGCUGUUCUUACUGUUACAAAAGAUUUUCUUUUAAAAGCAGACUGAAUGAUCAUAUCAGGACACACACAGGAGAAAAGCCCUACAGAUGUUCAUUGUGUGAAAAAAGAUUUUCUUUUAAAAGCAGACUGAAUGAUCAUAUCAGGACACACACAGGAGAAAAGCCCUACAGAUGUUCAUUGUGUGAAAAAAGAUUUUCUUUAAAAAGCAGACUGAACGAUCAUAUCAGGACACACACAGGAGAAAAGCCCUACAGAUGUUCAUUGUGUGAGAAAAGAUUUUCUUUUAAAAGCAGACUGAAUGAUCAUAUCAGGACACACACAGGAGAAAAGCCAUACGAAUGUUCAUUAUGCAAGAAAAGAUUUUCUGCAAAAUUCUCCUUGGACAGGCAUCUCAGAAUACACACAGGAGAAGCCCCAUACCAAUGUUCAGUUUGUGAGAAAAGAUUUUCUCAAAACUCUGCUCUGAGAUAUCAUCUCAAGACACACACAGGAGUAAAGUCAUUCAAAUGUUCAUUAUGUGAUAAAAGAUUUUCUCAAACGAGUGAGCUGAACCGUCACCUCAGGACACACACAGGAGAAAAGCAGUUUAAAUGUACAUUAUGUGAGAAAAGUUUUUCUUUUAAAGACAAACUGAACCGUCAUAUCAGGACGCACAGUGGAGAAAAAUCGUACAAAUGUUUGUUAUGUGAGAAAAGAUUUUCUCAAAAGAGUGAUCUGAACCGUCAUCUUAGGACACACACAGGAGAAAAACCAUACAAAUGUUCAUUAUGUGAGAAAAAGUUUAAUCAAAAGAGUAUGUUGACCCAUCAUCUCAGAAGGCACAUACAGGAGAAAAGCUGUAUGAAUGUACAUGAUUAUGUGAGGAAAAUUUUCUGAAAAAUACACUCUUAACAAUCAUUUCAGAACCCUUACAGAAGAAAAGUCAUACAAAUGUUCAUUAUGUGAGAAAAGAUAUUCUCAAAAGAGUGAUCUGAAAAACAUAUCAGAGGACACACACCGGAGAAAAACUGUACAAAUGUUCAUUAUGUAAGAAAAUGUUAAGCCAAAGGUACAAUUUGACCUGUCGUGUCAGAACACACACAGGAGAAACGCCAUAGAAAUAUUUAUUAUGUGAGAAAAUAUUGAUUUUCAUAAGAUAAUGAUCUGAUAUGUCAUCUCGAUACAUACAUUGGAUAUAAGCCGUAUAAAUGUUUCUUAUGCAUUGAGUAGGCAGGUCCCUAAAAAGGGGAUUUUUUUUCUUCCAAGUGAUAUUCAUGACUAGAAAGGUUUAUUUUUACCUGACAGUUGUUUUAACAUUUUAUCUUAAUUUAAACCCAAUUGAUUUUUUAAUUAUAAUAAAGCUGAAGAUUAAUGCUUCAAAGCCUAUCUUUAGCUUUGGUAAAUCUUCCCCAAAGUGCAUUUUGCAAAUAUUGUAAUUCAUUACUAAAUUAUAUCAAUGCAUGUCCAAGACAUUUGAUUUAGUAGAUAAUUUUUCAGAUUUUAAUUCAAAAUUUCAUUUUAUCAGGUUCCCGAUCAAGAUUAUAUAACUGUGUAGAUAUAUAACACGCAUGGAAUGAGCUCAAAAUGAUUGGAAUAUAUACAAAUUGAAAUACAAAAGACCCAAAUAGCAGAAUGCUCUCUUUAAUCGUAGUUUUCCCCGAGGUAUUGUAAUUUUUUGAGCUAUUGGGUAAUUGAUCAAUACGCAGUAGUGUGCGUCUUCUUGGCAUUAUCCAACCAAUGCAGUCAUGUUUUUUAUACACACCUGGUUUCUAUUUUAUACUUUUAUUUGCCUUGAGCUCUCUACAGACUAGAUUUUGUGCUUUACAAGUCACGUUGCUGUUGAAUUAUUCAAUUCUUAAUUUUUUAAUGCUUGUUUUAAGUUUCUUUUCAUUCAUAAUUACAAUAUCCCUUAGUUUAAUUGAUAAAAUGGUGAUUUGGAUCAGUCAUAGCUAAUAGGCAAAUUUGUUAAUGACUUUUUUUUUUAACAAUCAUGGUAUUGAAUCAAGGAUGGUUUAUUUUUGUACAACCCUGCUCAUUUUGCUGGGGCAUUAGAAAUGUUACACUAGAUACCAGGGGCAGAUCAAAUUUGACAAACCCCCCGAAAAAGAUCCUCACUUGUGUAUGAAGGACGUAUUUCCAUUAAUAAUACAUUUAUGCUGUGACUUUCAAUCGGGGGGGCACACUUAUGUAAGAAUAGUAUAUUUACAUUAAAAUUUUGAUAAUGGCUCUCAAAAGGGUGCCACUUGUGUCUCCCACCGAUCGGCAAUAAACACUGUUUAAAGAGCGAAAAACACGGUUUUUGUCAUGUGAUAACUCUGUUUAUCGGGUGGAAA